UUAGAAGGCGCCGUUUGCAUCAAGCGAGCAGUGAGAGUUGGAUAUUUGUGGCGUCAUUUAUAGUUAAAAAAUUAGGUUUUUAAAUGCUUAUGGUGUGUUAAUGAUUUGAAAAAAUUGAUAUUCUAUUUGUCUGUUACGUGAACUGUAAUUAGCAGAUUAUACUUAAAAACAGAUUAUAUAUUAUUAUACUCUCUACAAAGUAGAAACGGAAUACCUCAAUUAUCUUCUUGCGUUUAUGUGUAUAUAAAUGCUUGCAGAAUAAAAAGUGUGUAUGUCCUUAUAUAUUUUUCGAUGAUCGAAAUACAUAAAAGUUAUGUAGCAGUACACUGUGGUUUUAUAUUUUGCACACGUUCAAUUGUUAAUAAUCAUAAACAGCAUAAUUAAAUUAAGACACUAGAGUGAUACACUUUAAUCAGAUAUUGAGAUAAAAACUUUAAUAACAGGUUAAAAAAUGCCAGAAAUUAAAGUAACGCCGUUAGGAGCAGGUCAAGAUGUUGGCAGGAGUUGUAUUCUUGUAUCAAUGGGAGGAAAAAAUAUCAUGUUAGAUUGUGGCAUGCAUAUGGGAUUCAACGACGAAAGACGAUUUCCUGAUUUCUCUUAUAUCGUACCAGAAGGUCCUGCAACUGGUUACAUAGAUUGUGUUAUUAUUUCACAUUUUCAUUUAGAUCAUUGUGGGGCACUUCCAUACUUUACAGAAAUGGUAGGUUAUACAGGACCAAUAUAUAUGACUCAUCCUACAAAAGCUAUUGCUCCUAUACUUUUAGAAGACAUGAGAAAAGUAGCUGUAGAACGUAAAGGAGAAAGUAACUUUUUCACAUCACAAAUGAUAAAGGAUUGUAUGAAAAAAGUCAUUGCUGUUACUCUUCAUCAAUCGGUUAUGGUAGAUUCAGAAUUAGAAAUAAAAGCAUAUUAUGCUGGACAUGUUCUUGGUGCUGCUAUGUUUUGGGUACGUGUAGGAUCUCAAUCUAUUGUAUAUACAGGAGAUUACAACAUGACGCCCGAUCGUCAUUUGGGUGCAGCAUGGAUAGAUAAAUGCAGACCUGAUUUAUUAAUAUCAGAAUCUACAUAUGGUACAACAAUCAGAGAUUCCAAAAGAUGUAGGGAAAGGGAUUUUUUGAAAAAGGUUCAUGAAUGCGUAGAUAGAGGUGGAAAAGUUCUAAUUCCUGUAUUUGCUCUGGGUAGAGCUCAAGAACUUUGCAUAUUACUUGAAACAUAUUGGGAAAGAAUGAAUCUAAAGGUGCCAGUUUAUUUUGCUUUAGGUUUAACUGAGAAAGCAAACAAUUAUUAUAAAAUGUUUAUUACUUGGACCAAUCAAAAGAUAAAAAAAACUUUUGUACAACGAAAUAUGUUUGAUUUUAAACAUAUAAAACCAUUUGACAAAGCAUAUAUUGAUAAUCCAGGCGCAAUGGUUGUAUUUGCAACACCAGGAAUGUUACAUGCAGGUUUAUCUUUACAAAUUUUCAGAAAAUGGGCACCAAAUGAAGCUAAUAUGGUAAUUAUGCCAGGAUUUUGCGUACAAGGUACAAUCGGACAUAAAGUCUUAAAUGGAGCACGUAGAAUAGAAUUUGAAAACCGUCAAAUCGUCGAGGUAAAAAUGGCUGUAGAGUAUAUGUCUUUUUCCGCACAUGCGGAUGCAAAAGGAAUCAUGCAAUUAAUACAAUACUGCGAACCUAAAAAUAUUAUGUUAGUGCAUGGCGAAUUUGCUAAGAUGGAAUUUUUAAAAGAGAAAAUUAAGCAAGAAUUUGGUACAAAUUGUUUCAAUCCUGCUAAUGGAGAAACAUACGUUAUUACAACUACUUCGAAAGUUCCAGUAGAUGCUUCACUUGCUUUAUUAAAAGCAGAAGCAAAAAGAUACUCCGCCUUACCACCAGAUCCCAAAAGACGCAGAUUAUUACAUAGUGUCUUAAUGUUGAGAGAAGAUGGAGUUUGCCUUGUGGAUGCGGAUGAAGUGGCUAAAGCAGCAGGUAUAACUAAACACGUUGUACGAUUUACUUCUACCGUUCAAGUUCGAGAUCCUGGACCUGCACAUUCCACUACUUUGAAAUUGUUACAACCUCUUAAAGAGAGAUUAUCAGGUUGGACGGUACAAUUAACAGAUGGAUCAAUCUCUGUAGAAUCAGUCUUAGUUAAAGUAGAAGGCGAUGAAGAUGAGCAAAAAAGUGUUUAUGUUUCCUGGACUAAUCAGGAUGAAGAUUUAGGAAGUUAUAUAUUAGGAUUUUUGCAAACUAUGUUAAAUUAAUAAUAAAUAAUACUAUGAGAAAGUUAAAACCAUAGAAAUAUUGUAUAUAUAUAUCUGUGAUAUUUGUUUGAUGACUGUAAUGUCAUAUUUUUAACAAAGUAGUAAAUAUUUGCUUUAUUAUUAUAAUUCCAAUUUUAUUUUAUAUUGUUUUUUACAAUAUAAAUAUCAUCGAAUGUUCAUCAAUAAAGAAAAUGAAAGUUACAAAUUAUAUGGUGCAAGUUUGCAAUGAAAAAUAAUAUAAAAAU